UUCCUCAGCUCUCCGCCCCUCGUUGCUGCGGCGCUCGAGGGACCAUGGCCGAUCCCCUCGUGAGGCAGAUCAAGAUCAAAACCGGCGUGGUGACAUUGGUAAAAGAAAAAGUGAUGUAUGAAAAAGAAGCAAAACAACAAGAAGAAAAGAUUGAAAAAAUGAAAGCUGAAGAUGGUGAAAAUUAUGCCAUUAAAAAGCAGGCAGAGAUCCUGCAAGAGUCCCAAAUGAUGAUCCCAGAUUGCCAGCGCAGGUUGGAAGCUGCAUAUACCGAUCUUCUGCAGAUAUUAGAGAAAGAAAAAGACUUGGAAGAGGCUGAGGAAUAUAAAGAAGCACGUUCAGUACUGGACUCAGUGAAGUUAGAAACAUGAAAUUUUUCUGUACGGGGUGUUUUUGCAUUAAAUCCUGGGAUCCAUUCCACAAUUCAUCAUUUUGAC